UCAGAAGCUCUAAACCAAGAGUCUCUAAAACCAACAUGCGUGCUCCAAGCUCAAUGGCACAGUCUUCAUGCCCUCAGUGUUGACACUGGUCGGGAUCCCUGGCUUGGAAUCUGUGCAGUUCUGGAUUGGAAUUCCUUUCUGUGCCAUGUACAUCACUGCUCUGUUGGGGAAUUGCCUGCUCCUGGUCAUCAUCAAAUCGGAACGCAGCCUCCAUGAGCCCAUGUACCUCUUCCUGGCAAUGCUUGGAGCAACAGACAUUGCUCUCAGUACCAGCAUCCUACCCAAAAUGCUAGGAAUAUUCUGGUUCCAUUUACCAGACAUAUAUUUUGAUGCCUGUCUCUUUCAGAUGUGGCUUAUCCACACCUUCCAGUGUAUCGAAUCAGGAAUUCUGCUGGCCAUGGCCCUGGACCGCUAUGUGGCCAUCUGUGAUCCCCUGAGACAUGCAAUCAUCUUUACCCACCAACUCCUCACUCAGAUUGGGGUAGCAAUGACACUCAGAGCAGCCCUCCUUGUAUCUCCAUGUCUCAUCCUCAUCAAAUGUCGGCUGAAACACUACUGGACCACUGUGGUCUCCCAUUCAUACUGUGAGCACAUGGCCGUCGUGAAGUUGGCAGCAGAAGAUAUUCGAAUCAACAAGAUCUAUGGUCUGUUUGUGGCUUUCACUAUACUUGGAUUUGACAUAAUCUUCAUCACACUCUCCUACAUCCGAAUAUUUAUAACUGUCUUCAAUCUGCCUCAGAGAGAAUCUAGGCUCAAAGCCUUUAACACCUGCAUUGCCCAUAUUUGUGUCUUCCUUGAGUUUUAUCUCCUAGGUUUCUUCUCCUUCUUUACACACAGGUUCGGGUUCCACAUUCCACCCUACAUUCAUAUUCUUCUGUCCAAUCUUUAUCUGCUUGUCCCUCCUUUGCUCAAUCCUAUUGUGUAUGGGGUGAAAACCAAACAGAUUCGAGAUCGAGUGUCUAAGAUUUUCCACUUUAAAGAUCCAUCUUAAGGGGUGCCUGAGUGACUCAAUCAGUUAAGCAGAUGACUUCGGCUCAGGUCAUGAUCUCACAGCUCGUGAAUUUGAGCCCCGCAUGGGGCUCUGUGCUGACAGCUCAGGGCCUGGAAUCUGCUUCAAAUUCUGUGUCUCCCUCUCUCUCUGCCCCUCCU